AUUCUGGAAGAGGGAGCUGCCUGAACUGAGCUGACUCCAUGAACGAAUGAUUAGGCAACUUUGCGCCCGAUGCAGGAAUUCAAUGGGUUGCAAAUGACAAUGAGAAAGUUAAAUAAACGCCUUUUCAAUUCACUACUUGGGAAUUACAAAAUCGUACAGCAAUUUAAUACUCACUUGUUUGAGGCGGACGCCCGGAGUUAAUCCUCAUGUGCUUUGCAGCUGAAGUUGUUGCGCGGAGAAAAUGAGAUCCACCUGAAAUCUACGUCCGACCGUUCACGUUUUGGGAUUUCUGGAAUGUACAGUAAGUGGCUGGCCUUCUUCAGAAAGCAUAUUUUUCUGUGAACACUACGUUUUUAGAGAAAAACAAUGGUGCGAUUUUUUUUUUCGUCGUUUUUUUUUCAGCAUACCUCGAAUUGUAAUACAGGCAUUCAUGAAUUUAUUUAAUAAUAUGACGUCGGGGCAAGAAAAUACCUUUCAUGGCUUGUGCAACACGGCUAUCUCACUGACGCAUCAUAAAUAAUUGAUCUCCACACUUUCGAAAUUCAGGACAAGGGCGAAGUUCGGAAAGGAUGAGGUGUCGCUGGGUGAAGCAUGAGCUGCCAGGAUAUCGGUCUUAGGUGGGUGCCUGGGCUGCUCCUAUGGGAGGCUCUGAGCCUUUGCCUCUGCUGGUCCUGGGCCGGGGUGGCUACUGCCACGGCUGACUCCACUGAUGGCAGCACCGCUGCCAAACCCAUGGACUGGCUGCUGUCCGACAAGGGGCCCUUCCACCACUCGCUGGAGUUCACAGAGUCAGUGGACAAACACAGGCAGGGGUACACCACCAGAUACAAGAUCUACAGGGAGUUUGGCCGAUGGAAGGUCAACAGCCUGGCAGUGGACAGGCGGGACAGCGGCGGCAUGGCCACGCCCUUUGACCCCGAGUUCAUGCACACGGUCCGGCAGCUGGGACGUCGGCCCACCCUCCGCAGAAUUACCGACAGCAUCAUCAAGAAAUAUGGGACCCACCUGCUGCUCUCUGCCACCUUAGGAGGGGAGGAGUCCUUGACGAUAUUUGUGGAUAAGAGGAAGCUAAGCCGCGGCCCCGAACUGGGGUCCGAAGCCAGUAGCCACAACCGUUCAGGGCCCGGUGUGGGAGCCGUGACCCUGGAGACCCUUCACCAGCUGGCUGCCUCCUACUUCACCGACCGGGAGAGCACGCUGCGCCGACUCCACCACCUCCAGAUCGCCUCCACCGCCAUCAGGGUGACGGAGACCCGGACGGGCCCUCUUGGAUGCAGUAACUACGACAACCUUGACUCGGUCAGCUCGGUGCUGGUCCAUAGUCCAGAAAACAAGAUUCAGUUACAAGGUCUCCAGGUCAUUCUACCAGCCUACCUGCGGAGUCGAUUCGUCCAGGCCGCACUCAACUACAUUGGCUGCAACUCCGAGGGCCAAUUUGUGUGCAGGGCAAGUGAUUGCUGGUGCCAGUGCAACCCAGACUUCCCACAAUGCAAUUGUCCACAGAGGGACCUUCAGGCCCUGGAAAACAAUCUGCUUCACAUUAAAGAGGCCUGGACGCUGGCCAACCAGGAGUUUGAGGAAUCAGGGGAGUUCCGGGGCUUUGUUGGAAGGCUGCCAACCCAUUAUGCCAUGAACUCAUCUGUUGUAGAGAACCUGUGGAGGAUGGACGGGGCCCUGCUCCAGCGCUACAGGCAGCUGGAGACCACGAGCGGCCUGCUCCGCGACAAAGCCCGGCGCGCGGCUAAUAAGCUCUUCAGCUUCAGCAAGCGAUGCCGCCAUCAGCCCAGGAUGGCGGUGCAGAGGGAGAGGCCCCUGCGCUACUGGCUGAGCUACGUCCUUUCCCUGAUGUUCUGCAGUGAGAACAACCAGGUCGGCGUGUUCUCCGAGGAGACCCGCAGCUGCGCCUGCCCCUACCAUCACCCUCCCUGCCAGGGUCCCAUCCCGUGUUCAGUGGGCGAGGGCCCCCACUGCGCCUCCUGCUCCACUGAGAAUCGCACCCGCUGCUCCAGCUGCAACCCGGGCUUCACCCUGGGCCAGGGGCUCUGCCGGCCGGCCGUGCCCGACCCCACCGACCCUUACCUGGGUUUGGAGAGCGACCGCGACCUCCAGGACCUGGAGCUGCGCUACCUGCUCCAGCGGCGCGACCCGCGCAUCGCCCUGCACGGCGUCUUUGUCAGCAACGACGUGCGCCUCAACGCUUGGUUCGACCCGUCGUGGCGGAAGAGGAUGCUGCUCACGCUGAAGAGCAACCGCUUCAAGUCCAGCCGCGUGCACAUGCUCCUGGGCGUGGCUCUCCAGGUGUGCCUGACCAAGAACAGCACCCUGGAGCCGGCACUGUCUGUGUUCGUCAACCCGUUCGGGGGCAGCCACUCGGAGAGCUGGACCAUGCCCAUAGGCCAGUAUGGCUACCCGGACUGGGAACGCACCAAGCUCGACAUCCCCCUGGACUGCUACAACUGGACCGUGACGCUGGGCAACCGCUGGAAGAGCUUUUUUGAGACAGUGCACUUCUACCUGAGAAGCCGCGUUAGGGAUUCGGGAACGGCGUCGGCUCUGGGGUCAGGGGUUGCGGGAAACGGGACCGCCGGCGCGGUGAACUUUGAACCGCCGGUGGAGGGCACGGUGGAGCCCUCGGAACCCGCGCCGUCCCAGAGCGUGGGCUACAUGAAGAUCAACAGCAUGCAGCUGUUCGGAUACAGCAUGCACUUUGACCCCGACGCCAUCCAGGACCUGAUCCUGCAACUGGAUUACCCCUACACUCAGGGCUCCCAGGACUCUGCCCUCCUGCAGCUGGUGGAAAUCCGCUACCGGGUCAACCGCCUCUCCCCGCCCGGGGCUCAGCCCAUGGACCUGUUCUCGUGUUUGCUCCGUCAUAGGCUGAAGCUGUCUAGCUCGGAAGUGACCAGAAUAUUGGCUUCUUUACAGGCUUUCAGCGCCAGACAGCCAAACUCUGUGGAGUAUGUGGCGACCAAACUCUGUAGUUAAUAACGGGAGGUUGCCAGUGUUAUGCCUUUUGUAUUAACUCGAUCGGAUAUGGUGUCUGCCCCCAUAGCCGGUAUAUUUUGUCCGCGGGUCUGUGUUGGUGUACACCGUUCAUGGCUUUAAUUGUAUAUAAGUGUCAUUAAAUGUGAUGUUUUUAUCACUCCAGUGAA